UGAAAAUUCCAUAACCCGGCCGACUCGCGAUUCCCAAACCCCCAACCCAAACCCUUCUCCUCCUCGAACCCUAUCCAACCCAAUCCCCGGCGGCGGCGGCGAUGGCGGCCGUGACCAACGCCGACGUGGAGGUGGUCGACUUCGACCUCGACGACGACGACCUCAUGGACGAGGACGCCGGGGCGGAGCCCUCGCCGGCCCCCGCCCCCACGUCCCGCCUCCGCUCCACCAUCGCGGGCGACGACGCGCCGCGUAAGACCAAGGGCCGUGGCUUCCGCGACGACCCCAACUCCUCGUCCGCCCCCCGCGACUCGCGCUUCGGCGCUGGGGGACGCGGCGAUUUCGACUCCCUCGGCUCCGGCGGCGGCCCGGCGCCCAUCCGAUCAAUUGAAGGAUGGAUUGUGCUGGUCACUGGAGUUCACGAAGAAGCACAAGAAGAUGACCUUCACAAUGCUUUCCGAGAAUUUGGGCAGGUCAGAAACCUGCAUUUGAACUUGGAUCGUCGUACUGGAUUUGUCAAGGGGUAUGCUUUGAUUGAAUAUGAGAACUUUGAAGAAGCUCAGGCUGCAAUAAAAGAACUGGAUGGAACUGAGCUUUAUGCCCAAAUAAUAAGUGUUGAUUGGGCAUUUAGCAGUGGUCCUGCUAAGCGCAGAAACACUCAAAAGAGACCACCACCAAGAUAUCGUUCAAGGUCCCCCAGGAGGACACACUGAUCUGUCCCCAGCAUGCCAUGAAAUUGCUAGGACUAAAUGGAGUAGUGCAAGAAGUCUAGGGAUUCCAGUUGUUUCCUUGGUGUACCAUCUGAGUUUGAUGGUUGUUAGGUUGCCUGCUGUUUUCAAUGUACGAUACUUUGUAACUCUUCGUCUGGUCGAUGGAGGUUCGUUUAACACUAUGUUUGGCAUGCCAGUUUGAGAUGAUUGUAACCGUGGAUCCUUUGCAUCUUUGACUAGUGGUGUGUUGGAAUUGGAUGAUCAUCUUGCUAUGUAGUUCUGUUCGUUAUUGCCUCACUCCGUUGAUCGGAAAAGGGAUGAUUUUAAUAAUAGUGCCAAAAUAUUUAUUUC